AUGAGAAUUAAAACAGUUCCAAGACAUAGAAUGCUCCAAAGCAGUAUUAAGAUUGCAUCUGCAUCAAGAAGUUCUUCAGAGGAGAGUGACGCGGAUAUUGAAAAAGAUUAUGAUUCUAUAGGUGCAAUAAAUGUGCAAGAUUCAUACAAAUUUUAUUUAAAUUUUAUUUAACAGGCAUACGCGUUACCUUCAAAGAUUCUUAUUCCGAUUACAACGUUUACUAGUCCGAACAAUGGAAUGUCCUUCUCUUCAUCCACCAGCACGUUACCAUCAUUGAUUAACAACAAUAACGUGGAAGUUAUGAAUCUAUCAACAAAGGAUAAUCCUUCCAAUCAUAUUGAUGACAUCACGACAGAUACCUCCGCUGAGCCAGAGGACAAAUUAAAGGAUUCCUUCUUGUAUAAGAUCAUGACCGAUCCAAACUUUGUGAAGAAUAUACAAAGGAACAAACAAAAAAAAUUUGUCUGCAUUUUUUGCAAGGAGGAAUUUGUGACGUGUGAAGAAUUGACAAAUCAUAUGGAGGCGAAAAAGAACGAAAGUAAUCAAAUAGUCUGCUGUGCCUGCAAAAAGAUAUUCGCUGAGGAGAGAUACUUAAGAUAUCAUCAGAGAUGUCACUCCGACAGGACUAAGUUCACCUGUGACAUUUGUACCAGGAAGUACACGAGGUUGGACAAUUUGGCGAGGCACAAUGUUCUCCACGUGAACCCCGACAAGUUCUGCUGCUCGAUCUGCAACAAGACGUUCACGCGUAAGGAUCUGCUCAACAAGCACCGCAAGAGUCAUGAUAAGUAUAAUCUUUACUGUGUGAAAUGCGGCAGGUAUUUCAAAAGUAUUAUCACUUUAGGAAAUCAUCAAAAAAGUCAUCGUGAGGUAUCGAACGCUUCGAAUAUACUUGUUCACAAGUCUGAGAGUUCAGUUUCUCCUGAGAAUCUAAUCUGCAAAACUGAGAAUUUGGUUUCUGCCAAGAAUAAAGUUUACGAAGCUUAUGAUUUAACUUUGGGCGAGAGUUUAGUUUGCAAAACCGAUGAUAACUCGUUACGAAGACAUAUGCCCUUUGAGUUUCGUCCGUUUAUAUUAAUAUUACAUCAAUGCCAUGUCAAAGGGCGUAUCCUUCUCGUCGUCACCCUUUACGUCUACCCUUUUGCACUUCGAUGA